AGCCGUGCUCUUGCGCCCGUGUCAUGCGUGUGACAGGCCUGUGCUAUCGGGCCCAAAACGUCAGUCCAGCCCGAAAAGUUUUGUGUCCGUAUACAUAUUGGCUGGCCUAGAGCAGUGCCCAUACCGGCCCGGCCCUUUUUACAUAUAGGCUAUCCAUAUAUUACUUUGUUUUUUUUUAACCGUAUUAAUAUAUUCCUUCAUUCGAGUUUUUUCUGCUUAACGAGGGAAAACAAAAUGGCGGGAAAAGGUGAUGCCGCAGAAGCUUCAGAAACAUCAUCAUCGUCUUCAAAAUCGAAGAACAUGGAAGAAGAAUCGGAGGUCUGUUGGAGAAAAGAAGUCGAUACGAACCUAAAGAGACUCCAUUCUCUUCUCUUCGGAGCCGAUAUUGCUCUCCAGAAAGGAGAUUUCACUUCCGCCCAAGUUCUUGCUCUCCGCCUCGUCGGCUUCCUCGAUUCCCAAUCUCACACUGACGUCGAUGAGGCUUUCAUUCGACCUAUUCGCCACGAUGCCUUGUCCAAGAUCGACGCUGCUCGACGCUCCCUCAUUCCAGACUCCGAUCGCCAAGCAUUUGAACAAGCAGGAAGAGAUCCAGGGUGUGUUUUUAGCAAGAGUGGAAAUAUGGACAUUGAGAAGAUUAGGCAGACAAAGUACUUUCAAGCCCUUUUUCAACAAUCUAAACCAAAAUCUUUUAAUGAAUCGGGAGACCAACUGGAAAGGCAGGACAAGUUGAGUUGCAAGACUUCCAAAGUUUUGACACAAACAAAGUUGACAUCCUUGUAUGGAAAUAGCAUCUCUAGAGCAAAUAAUAGCCCGUCAUGCAAGAAUUUUCUGAAUUUUAGAAGUACCAGCUCUGAGGACUGUACUAUCAUAGAAAAGUCUCACUCAUACCACAACCUUCCCAAAGGUCAAGUUAUCACUACAUUCUCAAAAGUCGAGGAGGAGGAAAAAACUCAUGGAAAUAGUUUUGGAACAAAACGUGCACAUAUGGAAAUCAGUAGCCCAAGACAUGAGAACAUCAAGUCACCAACAAGCAAUGAAGAAGCUAACCCUGAGGUUUCUGGCAAUGGAUUUGUAACCGCCAGAGCAAAAUUGGAAAUGGAUGCAAGGCAAAGACGAGGAGGGUUAGUGGGAUCACCAAGUGCUUCUGUCUCACCACAGAGUGAUAAUAAUGGAACCAACAGAGGUUAUGGUGCCAGAUCGUAUGGGUUUUCACGCCGUGGCAUCCGUGGUAAUUUUGUCCCCCCUAUCAGAUCUAAUGGGGGUAAUGUGGGUAACAUGACUUCACGUAUUGCAGGGAAGGGUGAUGACGCAUUAGAUGACUCAAUAAAGAGAUGUAUGGACAUGCUUUGUGGUCCUGAUGGUGAACUCCCUGAGAAGUUAAGGAAUUUAGAACCUCGUCUCAUUGAACACAUCAGCAAUGAAAUAAUGGACCGGGAUCCCAAUGUUCGGUGGGAUGAUAUUGCUGGGUUGGAUCAUGCUAAAAAAUGCGUUACAGAAAUGGUGAUAUGGCCCUUAUUACGUCCUGACAUAUUUAAAGGUUGCCGUUCUCCAGGGCGAGGUCUUCUUCUGUUUGGUCCUCCAGGAACAGGUAAAACAAUGAUAGGGAAAGCUAUAGCUGGAGAGGCUAAAGCAACCUUUUUCUACAUAUCGGCCAGUUCAUUGACAAGCAAAUGGAUUGGUGAAGGUGAAAAGCUGGUGAGGGCACUUUUUGGAGUAGCCAGUUGUCGCCAGCCAGCUGUGAUAUUUGUUGAUGAAAUAGAUUCACUUCUGUCUCAGCGGAAAUCAGAAGGUGAACAUGAAUCAAGUCGACGACUCAAGACACAAUUUCUCAUUGAAAUGGAAGGGUUUGAUAGUGUGAGUGAGCAAAUUCUGCUUAUAGGAGCAACAAAUAGACCCCAAGAACUUGAUGAGGCUGCAAGGAGACGACUUACAAAACGGCUCUAUAUUCCUCUCCCUUCCUCAGAUGCAAGAGUGUGGAUUAUCCGUAACCUUCUAGAGAAGGAUGGAUUAUUUAAGCUGUCAAAGGACGAUACUGAUACCAUAUGCAAGUUAACUGAAGGGUAUUCAGGAUCAGACAUGAAGAAUCUAGUGAAGGAUGCUUCAAUGGGUCCGCUAAGAGAGGCUCUGAGACAGGGUAUAGAAAUUACUAAGCUGAAAAAGGAGGAUAUGAGACCGGUUACUCUUCAGGACUUUGAGGAUGCAUUGCAAGAGGUGAGGCCUUCCGUUUCACUGAAUGAACUUGGUACGUAUGAAGAGUGGAACAAGCAAUUUGGAAGCUUAUCACUGUGAAUAUCAGUUUGAUUAAUGCAGAAAGAAAACAGCAGAGAAAAUUAAAGAUGUAGUAGUGACUUUUCAAGGUGCCACGACUUCUUUCUUGCAACGAGGCAUGAAAGGCGCAGACGAUGAAGGAUGUAUGCUUAUUGACCUUUACAAAUUACAUUAAUAAUGACAUUAUUAACUAGCUUAAAAGAAAGAUCAACCCUCGCCAUCCAUUGCUUAGUCUUGGCUUAUCACGUGAUUAUAUACAUUUUUUUGUUAACGUGGGUCAAUAAAUUCCUUCAUUAAAGAAAAUGAGUUGUAUUUAAAAUUUUAGUGAUUGAUUAAAUAGACUCGGGCCAUUAUUAUUGUAGGGCCAUGUUUGGUAGAAU